AUGUCUUGUCCCCAUGUUUCAGGUGUUGCGGGCCUUCUCCGGUCAUUGCAUCCCGAUUGGAGCCCGACCGCAAUUAGAUCUGCCAUCAUGACAACCGCGAGGACACGCGACAACUUGGGUAAGCCAUUGCAGGACUGGGACCAAACGAAGACCACAUCGUUAAUGUACGGUUUGGGCCACAUCAGGCCGAACCGGGCCCAUGACCCUGGCCUGGUCUACGACCUGAAGUGUGCUCGACUUCAACAACCCGUCAAUCAUGGUCCCACAGGUCAACAGCUCAGCGCCGUGACCCGGAGGUUGAAGAAUGUGGGCCCGCCCAGGAAGUAUAAUUCGCUCAUUCGCCAGCCUCCGGGAUUCAUGGUCUCGGUCGAGUCGAAGGUGCUCGAGUUUAAGGAAGUAGGGGAAGAGAAGGUGUUUAAGGUGACCAUAAAGGCUAAGAGAGGUGUGAAUAGUGAUUAUUAUUAUGGGGAACUUUUGUGGUCUGAUGGUAGGCAUUAUGUGAGGAGUCCAAUAGGGGCUGAUAUGAAUUUCCUAAACAAUUAG